AUGAAGACUGUCCUUGAUAUCGAAACGUGGGUGAUUCUCAACAGAACCGGUCUGCUGUUUGCCGGUUUCUAUGCUGUGAUGACUGGUGCUUCGACCUCGUUCAGCAAGAUUUAUCAUUUCAAUGAUAUCCAUGUCGCCUUGAUGUAUCUCCCCAUCGGUGGAGGUGGGAUUGUGUUAGCACUCACCAGUGGUCGGAUACUCGACUGGAACUACCGCCGCCAUGCGAAGCAUGCCGGACUUGCUAUCGUCAAGACAGAGAGACCGUGCAGCAAGUCUCGCGGUUGGGAGCUUUUACUGCCUGGUGUACGGAUGAAUGUACAUAGACCUACUCCUCCAUUCUUGCUCCAAUAA